CGCGGUGUUAGUCUCACCCAAAUCCACCCUUCCCCCGGCGCCGACGCCGAUACAGACAUCGAUAUCAUUGCCAUCCAUGGCCUGGACACAAAGUCUCCAGACACGUGGAUUUCGAAAUCCAGCCAUCCUGGCGAGGAUGUCAACUGGCUGGCAUGUCCGCGCAUGCUUCCAGAAAGAAUAGGACCAGCCCGGAUCUUCACGUGUGACUGGCCGGCAGAUCUCCUUGAAGAGCCAGAUUUGAUCCAGAAAACUGCGGAAGAGUUUGCUCGGCUCUUGCUUGCCGGAAUCAAACGCCGUCUUUUACCAACAAAGACUGGCUAUGCAAAGGCGAAAGAUAGGCCGAUUGUCUUUAUUGCAUCAUGUCUCGGGGGCAUCAUUUUGAUCAAGGCUCUCGUGAUCGCUAGCCAAUCUAUCGAAUACGCCAUUGUCAGACAAUCGACACGCGGGAUUGUCUUCCUUGCUACGCCUUUCCGCGGAACCUCCUUCCAAGAUGUAGCAGACUGGGCGGAGCCUGGUCUAAGAGCCUGGGCUUCGAUUCGGGGCCACAAAGUGAGCAAUCUUCUCGACGACGUCAAGGGAUCGGCUUUCCACCUUGAGGAACUUGUACGCAGGUUCACUCAGCUGUGUCACGAUAAAGAUUAUCCCUGUCAAGUGGUUACCUUCUAUGAAUUGGGCUUGACGAGUCUUCAUCGUAAAUUUCCUCUAAGCUGGCUGAUUCCAUCUGGGGUGCUUGAUUUGGUUGUUCCGUCAAAGCCGCUUGUUGAUAGCUCUUCAGCAACUCUGGAUAUUGUUACAGACCCACUGCCACUCCAUCGACGCCAUGUAAUGAUGAAUAAGUUCAACGGUCCUGAAGAUCCAGACUAUCAAUGUGUUGUUGGAAAAAUUGAAGAAAUUCUUCAGGGUUUACGUACAAAUUCACCACUCGACGACGCAGACGCUUGGAUACGCAAUAAGCAUUAUGCCGUGGACAAGCUCAAGAUUGAACGACUCUCUGGCGACCUUUUGCCGAUGGAUCAAUGCUAUAUCAAUUUUGCCGUUGUGGAACAGCAUGUUCAAGACUCAGAUCGGCCAAUGACAGAAGAUACAAAGGCCUCCCCGUUUUCCCUCUUUAACCGACAGAAGAUCGAGACACCAGAUACGACAGUUCAGGUUGAAUUGGCCACAAUUUUCAGUCAACGCCAAGAACGCAAUGGAGAAAUGAUACAGCCAAGAAGAAUCUUGAUUCGAGGACGCGCUGGAGUUGGCAAGACCACUCUAUGCAAAAAGAUUGUCCAUGAAUUUACUCAAGGCACAUGGAGUGGGUGGAAUGACUUGUUUGACCGCAUCCUUUGGGUACCUCUAAGGAACCUAAAGCUCGAAGAAAGACGCCAGCACCCCGCAUAUGACUUCGAAGCUCUUCUCACUCAUCAAUAUUUCUCUCUGCCGAACAAUAAACCGGACUUUGCUAAACAUUUAGCCCAAGCACUGGAGUCCUCCUCCAGCAGGACCUUAUUUCUCCUUGACGGCCUAGAUGAAGUAUCCCAAGAACUAGCUGGCGGCAACAGCAUGUCUCGCUUCCUUAACGAGCUUUUGGAACAGCCAAACAUCAUUGUAACUUCUCGACCGUCCGGCAGGCUACCACUAAACCUUGAUCUUGAAUUGGAAGCCAUCGGCUUUUACCCAGAUCAAGUCAAGAACUACAUUAGGAAAACCUUUACCAAUCCAAAAACAACUGAGAUUGACGAGAAAACAGUUGGCAACAUACAGUCUUUUCUUCAAAAUCACUGGCUUAUCCAGGGUCUUGUACGCAUUCCAAUUCAGCUGGAUGCGCUUUGCUACACUUGGAGGGAUAUUCGCAGCGACAUGCCGGAGACAAUGACCGCCCUUUACCAAACUAUAGAACUUAGUUUGUGGAAAAAGGAUGUCGUGAGACUAGAGAAAAAACAUAACGAUAGGCUAGUGACACCAUAUCACAUCCAAUAUGCAAGUCAGCAAAAGAUCGAAGAACUUGUUAAAGACGAGAUCUCUUUUCUUGAGAGUCUUGCCUUUGCUGGGCUGUGUAGUGAUAUGAUAGAAUUUGAGUCGAAGCAUUUAAACUUCAUAUCCGACCACUUUCCGGGCUUCUUGUUAGACAAGGCCGCUUCAUCCCUUUCUUUUCUACGAGCUUCAAAUCCGUCAUCAGAAAACUGCAACCGAAGCUAUCACUUUAUACACCUGACCUUUCAGGAAUACUUCGCCGCGCGGUGUUUUGUACGGCAAUGGACUGCUAGAGAACCUUUGGACUGUGUGGAACUCGGCAGUAGAAACGUCAACAAGAUCGAGCCUGCCGAAUUCUUUCAGAAGCACAAAUACACAGCACGUUACGAUAUCCUGUGGCGGUUUGUUGCUGGAUUACUUGACGCUGAGCCGGAAGGAGCAUCCCUCUUUUUUCAGAAAAUCGAGGAGGAGCCACUUGACUUCUUAGGCCCUGCGCAUCAACGGCUGGUUAUGCAUUGCUUGAGCGAAGUAUCAAGUAACUUUUCAAUUCGAGCCGACCUAGAACAACGGCUUUCCAAGUGGUUGCUUUUUGAAUGUGAAAUCGCACAUGGUCGCUCCUCCCACCUAGCAAGUGAGGUAGAAUUUCCCGAGCUGGCAUUGGACACUGCCUUUCGUGAAGCAUCGGAUAAAGUCAAGAAAAUGAUUUUGAGAUCGUUCACAAAAGGGGCCACAGCUCCAAUGAGCAUCAUUGAACUAGCAAUUUCCUGGCUAACGAGGCUUGAAGACAAGGACUUGGUUCGAAAAGCCACUUUAAGAAUUUUGUGCAAACAGCCGAACUUGCCUAAAGAAAUCCUUGAGGCUAUAGCAGCGAUACUUGAAGACAAGAAUCCAUCUAUCCGCCAAGUUACUGUGGAAACCUUGGGUAAACGCUUAGCUUUGCCUGAUGAGAUUCUCAAGGCUAUAGCAGCGCGGCUUGAAGACAAGAAUCCAUCUAUCCGCCAAGUUACUGUGGAAACCUUGGGUAAACGCUUAGCUUUGCCUGAUGAGAUUCUCAAGGCUAUGGCAGCGCGACUUGAAGACAAGAAUCUAUCUAUCCGCCAAGCUACUGUGAAAACUUUAGGUCAACGAUUUGCUUUGCCUAAUGAGAUACUUGAGGCUCUAGCAGCAAGGCUUGAAGACGAGCAUCCAGACGUCCGAUACUGGGCUGUUCAGGCCUUAGGCGAACGAUCGACCCUACCUAAUGAAAUUCUCAAAGCUAUAGCAGCGCGGCUUGAAGACGAGAGUCAAUUCGUCCAAGAAACCGCUGUUGAGGCUUUGGUUCGGCAAUUGAUCUUACCUGAAGAGAUUCUUGAAACUAUGGCAGCGCGGUUGGAAGACGAAGAUUGGCGAGUCCGGCAAACUACUAUAAAAGGUUUGGGCCUGUUUAAAAGACUGGGCUUGCAGAGUAAGAGACUUGAGGACAUAGCAACGCGGCUUAAAACCAAGGAUUGGUCCAUCCGACAAGCCGCUUUUGGAGCCUUGAACCAGCAUUUCAGCCUAUCUGAUGAAGCUCUAAAAACUAUAGCGGCGCAACUUCAGCAUAAUGACAACAGCUAUAUUCGAGUAUCCGCAAUUGAGACCUUGGGCAAUCAAUCCAGCUUACCCUACGAGAUUCUCCAGGCUAUAGCAACGCAACUUAAGGAAAAUGAAAACAUUUCUGUCCAAAUAGCUGCUAUUGAGGCCCUAGCCAGUCAAUCAAACUUACCUACUGAGAUUCUGCAGGUUAUGACAGCGAAGCUUGAGGAUAAUGAAGAUUAUUCUAUUCAUGAAGCCGCUAUUCAGGCUUUAAGCAUGCAAUCAAGCAUAACUGACAAGAUUCUCAAGGUUAUAACAGCGCUUCUUAAUAAUAAUAAAGUCAACUUUUCCCUCAAGGAAGUCGCUAUUAUUGCAUUAUACGAUCAAUUGGACUUGCCAAGAGAGAUUAUUCAUGCUUUAGCAGCACGACUCAAAGACAAUGACCCAUAUAUCCAAAGCGCUGCUAUUAAGGUCUUAGGCAGUCAGCCAAUGUUACCUAAAAAAUACCUUAAUGAUAUAGCGGCUCAGCUUGACAACGAUUCA